CCUAAACACUGCGGCGGCGCCAGUGCCAUGACUGCACUGCACUGCACUGCGAAGACAGUUAUAGAAAUCGAAGAACUUUUGAUUUUCCUCGUUGAAAAUGGCAGGAAUUCGAGCAACAAAAAAGACGGCAGCCAUUCUAAGUUGUCUUUGCAGACAGAAAAGGAUAUUGAAUACAACGUAUACCUCGAAACGCCUCGGAAGUAACGACGCAGAUUUAAAGAAGACACCCCUGUAUGACUUCCACAUAGCUGCCGGGGGCCAGCUGGUCCCCUUCGCAGGCUGGUCGAUGCCGGUCAGCUACAAGGAAGGAAUUGCCACGGAGCAUGCCAACUGCCGAAGCAAGGCAGUCAUCUUUGAUGUGUCCCACAUGUUGCAGAGCAAAAUCCACGGCAAGGAUCGGAUCAAGUUUGUUGAAAGUCUUACUGUUGCGGAUGUCGAGGGUUUGAAGGAGAACUCAGGAACCCUGAGCCUCCUGCUGAACGACAAAGGAGGAAUAAUAGAUGAUUUGGUGCUUAGUAAGACUGAUCAGGGGUACGUCUACAUGGUGACUAAUGCUGGCUGUACAGACAAGGAUGUGGCUCAUAUACAGGGCAAGCUGGAAGAUUUCAAGUCUAAAGGUCAGGACGUGACCUUUGAACCCAUACAUGACAUGGGUCUCCUGGCCUUACAAGGUCCGCUCUCGGCCAGAGUCCUACAAGCCGGCAUGUCACAUGACCUGAGUCAGCUGACUUUCAUGAGGACCACAGUGGCCGAUGUCUUUGGCAUCCCGUGCCGGAUCACACGGUGCGGCUACACUGGGGAGGAUGGCGUGGAGAUUUCCGUCCCAGCAAGCAGGACUGUUGAGCUGACUGAGCGGCUACUGAGUUCCCAAGAAACCUCAGUGAGCAUGUGCGGACUCGGAGCAAGGGACUCGCUGCGACUAGAAUCAGGCAUGUGUCUCUAUGGCAACGACAUUGAUGAAACCACGACACCGAUCGAGGCAACCCUAGCAUGGACAAUUGCUAAGAGAAGAAGAAAGCAGAGGGACUUCCCAGCGGCCGAUUUCAUCUUGAAACAACUCAAGGACAAACCCGAGAGAAAACGAGUUGGUCUGACAUCAAAAGGGGCCCCACCUAGAGCUGGAGCCAGUAUUCUUGACGAGGCGGGCCAAGAGAUAGGUCAUGUGACCAGCGGCUGUCCCUCCCCGACCCUAAAGAUCAACGUUGCCAUGGGUUACGUCAAGACCCAGCAUGCAGCCGUAGGAACAAAGGUCAAAGUUCAAGUCAGGAAACGCAGCAUCGAUGCUGAAGUGGCGAAGAUGCCGUUCGUGCCGUCCAACUACUACACUGGCAAAUGAGAAGAUCUAGGUGCUCCCGAGAAUGAAAUUUUUAUCAACUGUAAAUAUAUCAGAUAAAGAUUUAUGGACCUCUUCUCAGGCACUUUAGUCUUGAUCCAAGGCCGCUUCGAUUAUUACUAAGGUCGGGUUAGUGUGGACAUCCGGUAGCUUCUUACAUUGCCUUGUCUGGUUCCCAGACCAAGUUACUUAAAAGUUGAUGGUUAUCGAGUCUGGAGUGCUAAAUGAUAUAGCAACCGGUGAAAACGCACUUGCUACUGAACAGAUGUUUCCACCUACUACAUAAAUCUGCGCUGCUCUAUGACAUGAUGAGAACAGGACCUUUUCAUGUCUUCCAACAUUUCAGAAGUGUUGCAAACACUUUUUUAGUGAUAUAUAUUCCUGAUAGGUUUUGAAUAGAUGUAUACAACCAACAAACUGCCUGCCGUGUCAGUCCUGAGUUAAAUCAAAGCCCAUGUGCAUGACGUUUGAUGCCAGGCGUAAUGAAACAGUAAUUUUCGGAGUGU